AUGACAAAAGCAAAAUUUGGUGGAUCUGCUUUAAAACGACUUAAGUCGACGUUAAAAGAAGCUGAGGUAAUUGGCCAUGGCUCUCGCUCGAACAUGAGUAAAAAGCAGAGAAGAAAAGGGAAACCCAAAGAUGACAAGAAUGACGCUAAAAGCAAACUUGGAUUCUUAAAGAAUCAACUCAAUCCUUUCGAAUUAAAGAUUACCAAAACUAAGCAUAACGUUAUAGGUAGAAAAGUGAAAGGUACCCAAGGUAGACCGGCUCUGAAAAGACAAAUGGGUAUAGAAAAACGAAAGCAAACGCUGCUUGUUGAAAUGGAGAAUCGGAACAAAGUAGACGGAUUAAUUGAUAAACGAUUUGGUGAAGAUGAUCCAACUCUAUCAUUGGAGGAAAAAAUGUUGGAAAGAUUCGUAAAAGAAAAAAAACAGAGGCAUUCAAAAUCAACAAUAUUUAAUCUUGAAGAUGAUGAUUUGACGCAUUACGGCCAGUCCCUGUCUUUAAUCGAUGAUUUCGAUGAACCUGAUUUGGCAUUAGACGAUAAAGAGGAUACAGGCACAAUUGAUCAUGACACUGUCAAUAAAGGUCAUUUUGGCGGGUUUGAAGACGAACAAAAUAAUGAUGAAUCUGAACAUAAAAAAAGGUCUAAAACGGAAGUCAUGAAAGAAGUUAUCGCAAAGAGCAAAAUGUACAAGUACGAACGCCAACUUGAGAAGGAGGAAGACGAACGCAUGCGUGAUGAAUUGGAUAAUGAUUUAGAUGAAAUCCGAAAUCUCAUCUCCUUACCAAAACCAAGGGCCGAUCCCUUACCUACUCAAGAAGCAGCAUUUCAAAAUAAAUUAAACGGAUCUGCGACAGAGACAACUCCUAAGAUUUCCGAUAAGGACGACACGUAUGAUAGAUACGUACGAGAGUUAGCACUUGACAAACGUACAAUACCUACUGACAGAAUAAAGUCGGAGGAAGAAAUAGCUCUUGAGGAGAAAGAAAAACUUGAAAAAUUAGAAAUGGCGCGGAAACGGCGCAUGGAAGGAUUGGAUCCAGAGCCUGAUGAUGAUUCUGUCAAGGGCAAAAAACAAAAAAGAGCUUCUAUGACGGGUGAUUUGGAUGAUUAUGUAUCCGAAGAUGAUGAUGAUAACCUUUAUGAUCUUGAUAAAGGAAUUACUUCUGACGAUAAUAACCAAAUUUUGGGUGAUUAUGAUAACGAAGCUCCCAUCCCAAUUGUCGAAGGCGAUCAUGAUGAUAUUGAUUUAUCAUCUAACGUAUUGUCAAUGAAUUCAAAAAAUUUGGAUAUUAAGCAGGGAAUUACUAAAACUAAAAAUAAAGGUGAAUUAGCAUAUACUUUUCCUUGCCCAACAACUUUGGAAGAAUUCUUAAAAAUAUUACAGGACGUUGAUGAUGAGGAUGUUCAUGUAGUUGUGCAUCGAAUUCGUGUGUUACAUCAUAUAAAGCUCUCUAUAGAAAACAAAGUAAAAUUGGAGAGAUUCUUUCCGGUACUUAUGGAUUAUGUUCUACAUCGUGCGCAAGAAAAUUCUAUUCCCAUACUCCUUAUCAAUAAACUUGUUGGCCAUAUUUUUGACCUCACGCAACAAGUGCCAGAAAGCGCUACAGAUUAUUUUGUGUCCAAGGUUGUUGCCAUGGAAAAUAACUUGAAAAAAAGAUUAUCCUCUUCUAGUUUAAAACAUUCAAAGUCAAUGUUUCCCACCAUUCCCGAAUUCAUCUUAUUAAGAAUACUGUCCCAAAUUUUUCCAACAUCGGAUUUUCGUCAUCCAGUAGUUACCCCUACUUUGUUAUUGAUUGCACAAUAUCUGGCACAAUGUCCUUUGUCAAAUGACACGUUUAACUCAGUGGAAUCGAUUCCUGGAAUAUUUCCAUUUUCUGGAAAAUUUGUUCCCAUUCUUCAAAUAAAAAAUACAGCCUGUGUUGAUGAUGCUAGUCCUUUGGAUUUUUCUCAAUUAUUGGGUGUGGUGAACAGAAAUGAAAACAAUCGCUUAGAUGUCUUUGAUGAUGAUAUAUUUCGUAUAUCAGCAUUGAUAGCUACUCUGCAUUUAGUCGAAAAUUUUGCAAAAAUGUAUAGUUCUGCACCUGCAUUUGCAGAGCUUUUUAGUUCUGCAUUAAAAAUUAUUGAUGCUUACCCACUAGAUAAAUUCUCCAGAAUAAUUAAGACGAAAAUAUCUUCAAUACAAGAAACACUGGAACGAUUGCAUAAGUUUUCUAAAAAAAGCCGUAAACCCCUGGAAUUGCAACAUCACCGUCCUAUUCCACUUCCUACUUUCACUCCCAAAUUUCAAGAAAACUUUUCUAUUGAUAAGCACUAUGAUCCAGAUAAAGAACGAGCUACAUUAAAUAAACUCAAGGCACAAUACAAGAAAGAGCGUAAAGGAGCUAUACGAGAAUUACGGAAAGAUAGUAUAUAUAUUGCACACCAUAAUCUUAAAAAGGUUAAAGAAAAAGAUACAUUAUACAAAAGGAGAAUUAAUAGUAUUAUGGGCAUCCUUGAAACUGAACAAGGAGAGAAGAAGGCCUAUGAAAAAGCCAAGAAGUAUGGUAAAAUAUAA